CGCCAUCUGCUAAGCGUACUAGAGAAAGUACAGAAUUAAGAGAGUCUCGAAAGCGCAAUCGUCGAGUUGCUACAGAGCCUGCUAUGGAACAGAUUUCAACAUCAACACAGGAAGAAGAAAAACGAUUCUACUGCCCGUAUAAAUGGUGUAGCUACUCAACCCUUCCACCAACAUCCAAACUAUAUACUCAUAUUCGAGCGCGACAUCCACCAGGAAUUCGCCAUCUCACGACAAAUUGUAGCCUUAUAUUCAAAUCCCCAUUGGGACAAGUUAUUAACUUUGACGAAAGCACACGGGACUUAUUGACGAACGAUGAAGAAAUUUCUGUAGAAAACGUCUCAAAAGGUUUCUACUGCCCGUACAAAAACUGCGAUGCAUCAUACGAUAUAGAGCAUAAUUUCUAUAGUCACCUUCGAAAGAAACACCGUCAAAGGGUUCCUCCUUUGAAACUCGGAAGCCGUCUACACACAAUUAGAGGGCCCACCGGAUGCAUUUUACGAUUUGACGAGGACUCCCGCGAUACCCUUAAUGAAGAAGACAAUAUCUUGGUUGAGAAUCUGAAUACUAUUGCCCGUACAAAAGCUGUAAUGGCGCAUAUCCGAUCCGCAAUAACCUUCACAAGCACAUUCAAAAGCAUCACGACAACCUCUUCACGCCAGAUCCCGAAGCCGGAAGGCGGCGGCAACUGAUCUUCACAAGUCCAUCGGGAAAUCGGAUUAGCUUCGAUGAAAAAUCCAAAAAUCUACUCGGAAAAAAUGAGCGCAUCACAGUAGCGUCAAGAUCCGGUUGCGCCAGUGAAAAACCUUCGGGCGAACCAUUAGCACCUGCGAAUAGCAGUUCUUCUCCAACGAACCAACCAGACUUGGAAGAACACGAUGCUGAUUCCGGCGACGAGCAUCGACAGCAUCAACAAGAACAACGGCGACGGCGCCGGCAACCAGUUAUUAGGACAGCAGAUACACCUGAUUCUGUUGCAGAGCGAAACGAAAGAAGCGUAGUGAAAAGAACUAGAAAACGUAGCA